AAAAUCGGAGACGCGCUGCUCAGUUUUAUUAUAUCAAGACACAACGUGAACUAUUAUUGCUGGUCCCGUUUAAGCAAGCGUAGUUGAUCCUCAUAUUCUCAAAAUGAUCAAGACUGUAAUCAUUCUACUUACCAUCACCUUGAUUGCUGCCGCAAUGCCCCAAUUUGGUGGCGGCAAUCAAGGAGGAUCGUCAGGAUUUGGAGGACAACAAGGCGGUGGACAGUCAGGAUUCGGUCAACAGCAACAGGGAGGAUCAUCAGGACUCGGUGGGCAGCAAGGAGGAUCGUCAGGAUUUAGAGGGCAACAAGGCGGUGGACAGUCAGGAUUCGGUCAACAGCAACAGGGAGGAUCAUCAGGAUUCGGUGGGCAGCGAGGAGGAUCGUCAGGAUCGUCAGGAUUUGGAGGGCAACAAGGCGGUGGACAGUCAGGAUUUGGUCAACUGCAGCGUGGAGGAUCGUCAGGAUUCGGACAGUAG